AUGGCAGAAGACCUUUUGAAAUAUCUUAACUCUGCUCAGACUAGAUGUGUGUUUCAAGUUGCUUCUUGUAGCAUUAUUCGCGCAUUAAUUUAUCGAACAGGCGUGACUCAUCGUCCAGACUUCCCGCUCCAGAUUUUAGCAGGUCCGGGAAGUGGCAAGACGAAAGUUUUGACAUCACGAAUUGCCUACAUGAUAUUGCACCAUGGGAUGGACCCAUCGUCUAUAUGCGCUGUUACGUUCACCAACAAGGCAGCCAACGAAAUGCGGGCGCGUCUCGUAAAGCUUAUUGGUAAAGAUAGCGUUAAUAAAGUGAAAUUGGGAACGUUCCAUGCGAUCUGCGCCCUCUUUCUGCGGAAAUAUGGGACAUCAGUGGGUCUCGACGGGAACUUCACUAUAUGCGAUUCCGAUGAGAGCAAGCGAAUUGUGACGAAAUUGUUGAAGCCCUACGACGAUUUCCUCUCGUCCAAAGACAUUCAAGUGAAUGCCGCUACUCUCUGUUCAUUGAUUUCUCGAGCCAAAUCCAAAGGAGAAACUCCAGAAGAUGUCGUGCCACGCAAAGGAAGUCGACAUGUUUUAAGCAAAGCUCUCUCCUCAAAUUCAACGAACGAAGAAUUUCAGCGUGUUUUUGCCGAGAUAUACUGUGACUAUGAGAAGACUUUGCGCAAAAGUAAUAGUUUAGACUUUGACGACCUCCUUCUCUUUGGCGUUAGGCUUUUCUCUCAACACCCGAGAUAUGCUGCAUGGUGUCAGCACAUACUUGUCGACGAAUUCCAAGACACGAAUGCAGUUCAAUACAAGCUCAUGUGUUGUAUCGCUGAUGCUAGUCGUUGUGCGACGGUUGUUGGGGAUCCAGAUCAGUCAAUAUACGGUUGGCGAUCUGCAGAUAUUACAAAUCUUGGCAAGAUGCAAAAUGACUUUCCGAACGUAGCACAAAUCAUGCUUGAGCAAAAUUACCGUUCAGCCGGAUCUAUCCUUGCAACGAGCCUCGCCAUUAUAUCGCAAGGUGAGUUGUACAGACAUACAUCGCGGAUUGCAAAGACCCUACAUACAGAUCAUCCACUUGGGCCUCUUCCGAUGCUCCGUUCGUUCCCUACAGAACAUGACGAAGCCGCUUUCAUUGCAUGGGAGAUAAACCGCAUGAUAGCGCAGUCGGGAGGGAUGUUAGGUUUUGGAGACUUUGCGGUGCUCCUACGUUUCAAUGCCAUAUCCAGAACAAUUGAGAACGCGCUUCGAAUGGAAGGUAUCCCCAAUCGAAUGCUCGGUGGACACCAGUUCUUCGAACGGGCAGAAAUUAAAGAUACCUUGGCAUACCUCCAGCUCGCGGACAAUCCACACUUUGAGCCAGCGUUUUCUCGCGCUAUUAACAUUCCUCCACGGGGAAUUGGAGACAAGUCCCUUGGGGAAAUUCUUUCACGAGCACAGAAACUCGGAAUCUCAUCGCUGACUCUUGUCGAACGCAUCAACGACUCUAUAAUUCCGGAUCUGAAACCGUCUGUAAAGCGCAAGGUCCAAUCCUUCGUGAAUGUUAUACGGUCGCUGAGGUCGUCUGCCACUGAUGGAAUGGAACCAGCCCAGUUGAUUGGCAAGUUGGUCGAACUCGUCGGGUACCAAGAAUAUCUGAAGAAGUCGCAACCUGAUUGGGACACACGAUGGGAGAACAUUCAAGAACUGAUCAAUUUCGCGAGCGAUGCCACUGCUGACGCUCUAAACGUUCCUGUCGUUGAUGAAGAUGAGUCAUCGUUGCAAGAUACCCCGCUAAGGCAGUUCUUGCAAGCAUCAAUGCUGUCGUCUGCAGGUGAUCAGUCGAACGAAAACGAUGACGAGAAGGUGUCUAUUGCAACUUGUCACGCUGCGAAGGGCCUUGAAUGGCCAGUUGUCUUUGUCCCAGCAGUGGAACAUGGAACAUUCCCUUUCUACCGGUCAGACGACAUUCACGAAGAAAGGCAAGCAUAUCCUUUUAUACAUUCAUCUGCUCUGACCAGAUCAAUCAGACGCCUUCUAUAUGUUGCAUGUACCCGAGCGCAGACAUCACUUUACCUAACGCACACCUCAAAGCGCAAGGUCGCUGGCGUUUUCAAAUCCAGAGACUUGUCUGAAUUCAUCUCUAAAAUCUGUUCCAACUCUCCGGUAAGAUAUGUCUGA